AUGAUGCAAUCAGAGGGAAUUCCCCUCUCCUGGGGAACUUUUAACAUCACAUGCUCAAAACUUGAUCAAACCAGAUUUUAUGAUCCACAAAUUGACUUCUUCAUGGGGGAUGAUCCAGAUUUUUCCUCUUCAUUCGCUUCACCUAACGAAGCCUCUCUGAUUUUUUCAAACUCAAAUAUUCCAACCAUGUUUUCUGAUGAGUUCUUUGAUCUUCCGAACUUGGGUGAUAAAAUUCUGACCACUUCACCCAUGGAGGGAUUAGAAACUAUUUCAAGUGAACAAAUUACAGACAUCUGUGGAUGGAUCAAUGAAAGUGAUUAUGAAGGAAAUUUUUCAUCAUCAGUCUCCAUGUAUGUAGAAGAAUAUAAUCCCUGUUUUUCACUGGAAUCUAGUGAGAAUUCAGUGGUGUUUCCUUUAACGAACGGGUUAAAAACGUUGGCGGGAGACAUGGAAAUGAAUAACGAAUUGAGUCUCCGUCACCUAUCAAGGGCUUAUGGAGAGGCCACAGAGAAUGGACAGAAGGAGCUUGCACAGGUGAUUGUAAACUCCAUAGAGAAGAAGAGCAAUCCACUGGGCAAUACAAUGGAACGCUUAGCCUUCUAUUUAUUCCAGUCGAAAGAAAAUCAAGGCGACUACCUGAGACUAGAAUCAAUCAAGAAUUUUAGUGAAGCAUUCAAGGCCUUCUACCAAGGCCUCCCUUAUGGGAGAUUCGCUCAUUUCACUGCCAACUCGGCAAUCCUAGGAUCUAUGCCGAAUAAUGCAACAACAUUGCAUAUAGUAGACUUUGAUAUUGGAGAAGGGAUACAAUGGCCUCCAGUCAUUGAGGUCAUAAGUCGAACACAUAAAGCACUAAAAUUCACAUUGUUAAAAUCCGGUGAUGAAUGCAGCUCCCCUUGUCAGGACGUUGAGGGGACAAAAAAGCGACUCCAAGAUCAUGGAAGAGAAUUAGGUCUGAAACUACAAAUUGACGAAAAGAGUGUUUCAGAUCUAGCAAGUGAAUUAACCAGGAUGAAAAAAAGAGGACAAGGCAGAGAGUGGUUGGUGUUUAAUUGCAUGUUUAGAAUUCCGCACAUGGCUAGAACUAGGCGAAGGAACCAUGUCGAAGAGUUUCUAAAGGUAGCCAAGGAAAUACUAAGCAGCUAUGGAGCCUCUGCCGGAAUGAUGACUCUUGCUUAUGGAGAAACAGAGAUUUAUUCAAGAGCUUAUUCAGGUUAUAGUUCAUUCUUCGAUGAACUUUUGAAGCACUACCAAGCGCUGUUUGAAUCGUUAGAACAGAGUUUCCCAAUUCAUCUAGCAGAGGCAAGAACAGCCCUAGAUAGUCUUUUUCUAGCACCUUAUCUGAGCUCCCUUUCUUGGUUCCAAGACUGGGAGGAAUCAAAAGAAUGUUCUGAUCUUCGAUUAGAAACAGGAUUGGAGGGCAGGAAACUGAGCCAAGAAAGCUUAGUCGAAGCUAAACAGAUGGUGAACGGAAGAGAGAAUUCUUACAAGGUGAAGAUCAACGGACAGAGAGAAAAUGAGAUGGUGUUGGAAUGGAAGGGCACACCUAUGGUAAACGUUUCCACUUGGAUGUGA